AUGUCUUCAAAAUUAUUUGAGGCUACAGUGGUAUUUGGAAGUGGAUAUCAGAGCCUCUCCGAUCAAAUCGGGAUUUGCAUAAUGAUAAUACAUGAAAAAAAUCCUUCGAAAGCAGACAAAGCUGCCGGUUGUUGUUGUACACAAGGUAAUUUGGCGAAGGGUAUGGUAACUAUGGUCGUUUUCGACCCGAUGCAAUUGAUCCAUACUUAUUUAUCAUUACAGUUAAAGCCUAUUGGGAAUAACAUAUCCGAGAAACACAAACAAACCAAAACUGCUAUUGGUCAAAUUUACGGUGGAAGAUCCGGAUGA